AUGGCGUCAUUAUGUGUGUCCAAUCCAUUAUCUGCUAACGCAAUUUCUCGUACCAUCACUGCAGCCUCCCAUUCUAGGUCAGCCAAUCUGUCAUGUCCUUUCUUCGAUCGCCGAAUCCUAUUGGCUCACACGGCGGCAUGCCACGUUGGCCAUGCUACGUGUGCUAUUGAUCCGAGACUAGGCGGUAGAAUAGGAAGCGAAUUGGGCCAGCAUUUCUCACACCGGGCCCUGGACAGAAGAUCUGCGACCACCGCGCGAUCGCAGGGGGGACGUCGGUACUCGCACCCGCGAUUCAACUGGCGCUCGCGACGAAAACCAGACGGCGAGGAUGCGACGACCGCGCCGGAUGACACGCCAAUUGGUCAACGAGCGGCUGCGGAAGGCGGCGAGCCGAGGGGACACAGUCCCGGGUGGGGCUCGCCGGUGUGGCAGGCGGACAGCGACGCGGAGGAGGACGAUUCGGGCGGAAUAGGGGCGGCGCGGAAGUCGUCCAUCUCGCACAUCCUCACUCCCGACGGCAAAGCCUUCAGGCCGCAUCGCAUCAUUCUGGUGCGGCACGGGCAGAGCGAGGGCAACGUGGACGAGGCGGCGUACACGCGCAUCCCCGACUCCAAGAUCGCUCUCACGCGCAAGGGGUGGGAGCAGGCGGUGGAGAGGGGCAGGAAGCUGCGCGAGCUGAUAGAGGCAGAUGGGGAGGAGGAUUUCAAGGUCUACUUCUACGUCUCGCCCUACACGCGCACUCUGCAGACGCUCAGGGGAGUGGGGUUGGCGUUUGAGAGGGAGAGGAUAGCGGGCGUGAGAGAGGAGCCCCGCAUCCGCGAGCAAGACUUUGGCAACUUCCAGGACAGGGAGAAGAUGAGGAGGGAGAAGAAGGUGCGGCUGAGCUACGGGCGCUUCUUCUACCGAUUCCCCGAUGGCGAGUCCGCUGCUGACGUCUAUGACCGUGUCACAGGCUUCCGGGAGACACUAAGAGCGGACAUAGACGUGGGGCGGUUUCAGAGGGAGGAGGCAGCAGCGCGCAACAUGAACCUCGUGCUGGUGUCGCACGGGCUCACCCUGCGCGUCUUCCUCAUGCGUUGGUACAAGUGGACGGUGGAGCAGUUUGAAGGGCUCUACAACUUCCCCAACGCCGGCUGCAUGAUCAUGCAGCUGGGGCCGGGCGGCAGGUACAGCCUGCGCAUGCAUCACAGCCGCGAGGAGCUGCGGGCGUUCGGGAUGACGGAGAGCAUGAUCGACGACCAGGAGUG